AUGCGCACCGUGUUGUCCCUCCCUCCCUCUUCUCUCUCCCUAGAAAGAGCUCCAUGUCGCCCUGAUCAAAAGUCUGAUUUGCUUCACUUCCUGAAUGCUUUAGUAUCAGAUAAUUCCACGUUGGUUUUCUGCCAACUGGAUAUUGGUUGGCUCAGGAGACCAAAGAUGCUCUCCUGGAAUGUUUCAUCGGAUUGUUGCUCGUGGGAUGGAGUCAUAUGCGAUCCGAUGACAGGUCAUGUGACUCACCUUCAACUUGGAUGCUCACCUCCGAACCCGACCUGCUACUCUUCCGCAGGGUCUUCAAACAGCAGUGAACCUUCUACCCUUGGUUUACUCAAUCUUCCUUCGCCCCAGGAAGCUGAAAGACCAUCGAGGUCAAACAAGCUGCUUCAAAACCUGACCAAGUUGAGAGUCCUUUCUCUCGACGGGUUAAACCUGUCUGGCAUUGAUGUGACUCGCUUUAUGAAUCUCUCUCCAUCUCUGGAAGUCUUCAGCCUCAGUCAUUGUAAAUUGCGGGGCACAUUAACGGCAAAUAUUUUCCUUUUGCCAAAGCUGACAUGUCUCAAUUUAUCAGGCAACAAGGUGCUUUCUGGUUACUUACCUGAAUCAACUUGGAACAGCUCUUUGAAGGUUUUGGACUUGUCCUCUUCAGGCUUCUCUGGAGAAUUACCAGAGUCCAUUGGCAACCUGCAUUCUCUGCAGAUACUUUGGCUGAACCGGUGCAGCUUCACAGGCUCUAUUCCAUCAUCACUUGGUAACCUAACACGGCUCACCCAUCUGGAACUUUCGUAUAAUGAGUUUAGUGGGCAGGUUCCUCCAACUUUGUCAAACCUUGAUCAGCUUAGUUUGCUCGAUCUUUCCUCAAACAAUUUCAUAGGUCCAAUACCCAAUGUCUUUGACAAUAAGACACAACUUCUCCUUCUAGAUUUCUCUCAUAAUCUCUUCACGGGUCCUAUUCCUCCAAGCACAAAGAAUCUUUCAAAUCUUGCCCGACUUGAUAUUUCCAACAAUCUCAUUGGCGGGUUUAUACCAUCAUCAUUGUUCUCUCUUCCAUCCUUAACGAGCCUAGACCUCAGUAACAAUGGGCUCAGUGGUCACAUCGGUGAGUUCUUUGCUGCAUCCGCAUUAGAACAUGUUGACCUGAGUGGUAAUCAGUUGCGUGGCUCAGUCCCGAGCUCAAUUUUUCAGCUUAGGAACCUCACUUAUCUGAGCAUCUCAGCAAAUAACCUGACCGGUGUCUUAGACCUACAAUUGCUCUCAAGACUUGAAAGUGUAACAAAUCUCGAUCUUUCAGACAACAUUUUAUCACUGAGCAAUAGCGAAAACACUGAGCAUGUCCUGCCGAACCUCUCGUCCGUCAGUCUUUCUGGGUGCCAAAUUACAGAAAUCCCUGCAUUCUUGAGAAAUUCAACCAGCAUAGAAUGGAUAGAUCUGUCUAGAAACAGAAUCCACGGCGAUAUUCCAUCAUGGGUGUGGGAUAUUGGGGCCAUGUCAUUGUCUUAUCUCAAUCUCUCCCACAACUUUCUCACUAGCUUUGAACAAGUUCCUUGGAAAAAUCUUAUAAUUCUUGACCUGCAUUCAAAUUUGAUCCAAGGGCCAGUUCCACCUCCAUCACUCCCACAUUCAAUUAUUGUCUUCUCACUAGCUAGCAAUCGAUUGACUGGCUUUAUCCCUGGUUCUAUUUGUGAAAUGAAGGGCCUACAAGUUCUUGACCUCUCUCAUAACAAUUUCACAGGCAUGAUUCCACAAUGUCUAAAGAACGUAAGUAACAGCCUCUUAGUGUUGGAUAUGCAAGAGAAUGGACUUUCUGGCACAAUUUCCUUAACGUUCACUAAAGAUGCAGCCCUGAGAAGUCUUCAUCUUAAUGGAAAUCAAUUUGAAGGCCCGUUGCCACGCUCUCUAAUCAACUGCAAGCAACUUGAAAUGCUGGAUCUCGGGGGCAACAAGUUGAAUGACACUUUCCCUGAUUGGUUGGAGACACUUCCCAGCUUGCAAGUCUUGGUCUUGCGAUCAAACAGACUUUGUGGCCCUAUAAGCAGCCCCAGAACUGAAUUUUCCUUUUCAAGGUUGCGCAUUCUCGACCUUUCCUUCAAUGAUUUCACAGGUCCUUUGCCUAGUGCCUUCUUUGCAAACCUGAAAGCAAUGAUAUCAAAUGAUCAGAAUGGAGCAGAGCAGCGAUACAUGGACCAAGGUUACUACCAGGAUUCCAUGGUUGCAACGAUGAGAGGACAGGACAUGCCGAUUGCUAGAAUCCUAGUGAUCUUGACGACCAUUGAUCUAUCAAGCAACAAGUUCCAGGGAAAAAUUCCUGAUGUGAUAGGAGAGUUAAGAUUACUCAAGGGGCUUAACCUCUCUCACAACAGUCUUGAAGGCCAGAUCCCUUUGCCUCUCGGGAACCUUUCCAAGCUUGAAUGGUUGGAUCUCUCUUCAAAUGAACUUAGCGGGAUGAUACCAACCGAGUUGACAAAUCUCACGUCUCUAGAGGUCCUAAAUGUCUCUUCCAAUCAAUUAACAGGAUCGAUUCCUCAAGGACACCAAUUCAACACGUUUCAAGCCGAAUCCUAUCAUGGAAACCCAGGAUUGUGCGGGUUUCCACUGUCCAAAGCUUGCACUAAUUACAAGGCUCCGCGGAAACUCCCCCUGCCUCCUGAAGGCACGGUCCAUUCAUUCCGUGUGGAUUUUCUUGAGCCAAGGGUUGUGGAAAUAGGAUUAGGAUGCGGCAUCUUGCUCGGAUUAUUCAUGAGAAUUUAG